UGGGGCCGGGGUGAGGCCCGAGCCCUGCCGGGCCGCCAUGCCGGUGGCGGCCGCCGCCCCCAUGAUCAGCUCAGUGCAGAAGCUGGUGCUGUACGAGACCAGGGCUCGGUAUUUUCUUGUUGGAAGUAAUCCUGCAGAAACCAAAUACCGUGUUUUGAAAAUAGAUCGCACUGAACCAAAGGAUUUGGUCAUAAUUGAUGAUAAACAUGUGUAUACGCAACAAGAGGUGAGGGAACUUCUUGGCCGUUUAGACCUGGGAAACAGAACAAAGAUUGGGCAGAAGGGCUCUUCUGGGUUAUCUCGAGCUGUCUCUGCUUUUGGUGUAGUGGGUUUUGUCAGGUUUUUAGAAGGCUACUACAUUGUGUUAAUAACCAAAAGAAGAAAAAUGGCAGAUAUUGGAGGUCACGCAAUAUAUAAAAUAGAAGAUACAAAUAUGAUCUACAUUCCAAAUGACUCUGUAAGAGUCACUCAUCCUGAUGAAGCCAGGUAUCUGAGAAUAUUUCAAAAUGUGGACCUUUCUAGCAACUUCUAUUUUAGUUACAGCUAUGAUCUAUCUCACUCCCUUCAGUAUAAUCUUACUGUCCUGAGAAUGCCACUUGAGACAUUAAAAACUGAAACAACUCAGACCCGACAAGAGAGUUUUGAUAUAUUUGAAGAUGAAGGACUUUCAACACAAGGUGGAAGUGGUGUAUUUGGGAUUUGCAGUAAGCCUUACGAAAAGUAUGUGUGGAAUGGCAAGCUUCUGGAGGCAGUAAAAAAUACUGUUCAUCGUGACUGGCUGUUGUAUAUUAUUCACGGAUUCUGUGGGCAGUCGAGUAUCCUUUUAGUGUUGUAAUGAAUGUUGGUUUAU